AUGAAGCUGCUGUCGCAAAAGCAGUUCAAAGACGUUGAGGAGGAACAGGUGACUCUCCAACCUGAAGAGCCAGAGGAUAUGUGGCACGCAUACAACCUUAUCGUCGUUGGCGACCGAGUCCGUGGCCAUGCUAUUCGAAAGGUCAGCAUCCAGAACAACGGCACCGGUGCCGCUCAAUCGGAGCGUGUUCACGUCGACCUCACCGUUAAAGUCAAGUCGCUAUUCUUCGACCCAGCUGCCUCAUCGCUUCGUGUCUCUGGCAUCGUAUGCUCGGAAAACGAUCACGCGCCCAUGGGCUCGCACCAUACUCUCGAUCUCGAGGUCGACCGCCCGUUUACCCUGAUCAAGGCUCAAGGAUGGGAUAGUGUCGCCCGCGAAGCACUCGCACAAGGUCUGGGCGACGACCGCAACCGCGCAACCGCCUCAAUCGUCAUGCAGGAAGGCCUUGCAAAUAUCUGCCUGAUUACCGAGUUCAGAACAAUAUUCAAGGCCCGCGUGGAUCAUGUGGUGCCGAAAAAGAGAGACGCGGUUGCCACGCAGGACGCUGGCAUAAAGAAAUUCUACGACAAGACCCUAGCCACCCUUCUUCGCUCAAUAGACUUUGCCGCACCGCGCCCGCUGCUGCUCGCAAGUCCGGGCUUCAUCGCCACCGACUUCAAAGAUUAUAUUGCACAACAGGGCCGAGACAAGUCCGACAAGAUCUUAACCGCGGUCGCCAAGCAGGCCACCGUCAUUCACUCCAACUCUGGUCACAUGCAUAGCCUGCGCGAAGUACUCAAGAGCCCCGCGGUCAUGGCUCAGAUGCGCGACAUGAAUUUCGCCAAGGAGGCCCAGUUCAUGGAUAAGUUCUUCGAGCUGCUCAAGUGCGACGACGGCCGAGCCUGGUACGGCGCCCACGCCGUCAGCAAAGCCAUUGCGGACGGCGCAGUUGGCCCCGGCGGUGGCACGUUGCUCAUUAACAACUCGCUCUUCCGCAGCAACGACCUGGCGGUGCGGAAACAGUACGUCGCGCUUGUCGACAAGGUCAAGUUGGACGGCGGCGAAACCCGAGUGCUCAGCAGCGACCACGAAAGUGGUCAGCGCCUUAAAAUGCUGGGUGAUAUCGCAGCGAUUUUGAAUUAUCCAAUGCACGACCUAGACGAGGAUGAUGAAGAAGAAGAGGCACACCCAGCAGUGGAUAGAACCCGACAUGAAGAAGACGACGUGGGCAUGUUAGAUAGCGUUAUUUAA